UGUGCGCGCACGCACUCCGCCUGCCCCAGAUUAAACAUGGCGCUGGCUAGUGUAGUGAGGUCCGAGGGUCUCCUGUGGAACAAACCGCGGGACAAUCCGUGUCAGUAUGCCCACCAGGACGGAGAGAUGAGUUUCCACAUGGCCCCCGGAGCCAGCCAGGAGGUCACUGACUCCGGGAUCGAGUUUCUUCACGGGACAACAACGCUGGCUUUCAAGUUCCGACAUGGAGUAAUUGUGGCUGUUGAUUCACGUGCCACAGCAGGUUCCUACAUUGCCUCACAGACGGUGAAGAAAGUGAUUGAAAUUAACCCCUACCUGUUGGGCACAAUGGCUGGAGGGGCAGCUGAUUGCAGUUUCUGGGAGCGGCUAUUAGCUCGACAGUGUCGCAUCUAUGAGUUGAGGAAUAAGGAGCGCAUUUCUGUAGCGGCUGCAUCCAAGCUUCUGGCUAAUAUGGUGUACCAAUAUAAAGGAAUGGGAUUGUCUAUGGGAACCAUGAUCUCUGGCUGGGAUAAGAGAGGUCCUGGUCUCUAUUAUGUGGACAGCGAAGGGAAUAGAGUUUCUGGGUCUGUAUUUUCAGUGGGUUCUGGAUCCAUGUAUGCUUAUGGAGUCUUGGACAGAGGAUAUAGCUAUGACCUAGAGCCAGAGGAGGCACAAGAAUUGGCUCGGCGUUCAAUCUACCAGGCUACAUACCGUGAUGCUUAUUCAGGCGGAGUGGUAAACCUGUAUCAUGUUGCAGAAGAUGGCUGGCGGCGUGUGUCACAAGAUGAUGUGGCAGAUCUGCACCAGAAAUACAAAGAAGAAAGCAACUGAGAAUGUAAAACACUAGGGGAGCUCAUGAUGUGUAAUGUUUAGGGCUGUUUGGGUUCGUGACUUGGGCAGACAAGCAUUACACCUACAGAAAAGUGAUGGGAUUACUAAAUGGGUGUGCAGACUCCAGUUCUCUGUAGCUGGGGAAAGAUAUGGCACAUAUGGACAAAGUUGUGAGGAAAGGGCAGUUCUCUUUGGGUUCGGAUUUUCAUAUUUUCUAAUAGUUGUGAUUCUAUGCUGAGUGAUUGUAUUCCAAUAAACAUCAUCUUCUAAGGAUCAGAUGCCUGUUUGCCUAA